UACUUGAUCUUUUGAACAGUGUGUUGAAUAAUCUUGAUGGAGCUAUGAAGUUAGCUGUAGGCGCAUAUUCUCUCCCAGGAGAAUUUGAGAACAGCAUUGAACAGUUUCGUGACUUGGUUCAUAGUAAUUCAAGCGAUAAUCCCAGGAUCAUUCUAAAGGAUGUCAUCACACUUGCAGAUAAAUUUCUGGGUGCCCUAAGCUAUACUCUUGUAGUUGUUACCGCUGUAAUGCUCCUCUUGGCAUUCCUUGGCUUCAUAUUCUCAGUUUGUGGCUGGAAAGGCAUUGUCUACUUCUUGUUCUUCAUUGGGUGGAUUCUGGUCACAGGGACUCUAAUACUGAGCUCUAUAUCAUUUGUUGUGCAAAAUGGAGUAGGAGACACGUGUGUUGCAAUGGAGGAUUGGCUUGAACACCCUCAAGAUCGUACAUCUCUAAGUGAGGUUAUUCCUUGCGUGGACGGACCUACAACCCAGAAAGCACUGGACAUAACCAAAAACACCUCCUUCCAGAUGGUCACUUUGGUUAAUGAUUUUGUCAAAAACAUGGCCAACGUUGAUGCGCCUCCCGGCGCGCCGCCUUCGGCUUUCUACAAUCAAUCCGGUCCUCCUUUGCCUCUCCUCUGUAACCCAGUCAAUCCUGACAUGACUCAACGACCAUGUGGUCCUCAAGAAGUCUCCUUAGAUAAUGCAUCUCAGGUAUAUCAAGGUUUUGUGUGCAAUACAUCCCCAGAUGGAAGGUGCAAGAACAUGGGAAGAUUGACUCCAAGUCUGUACCAACAGAUAAUGAUGGCUGUAAAUGUGAGCAACACAUUGGAUAAGAAUGGUCCAAAGCUGAUUGACUUGAUAGAUUGCGCGUUUGUUGCAGAAACAUUUGAUGAAAUCAGUGACAACUACUGUCCUCCCAUGAGGCGUUUCUCUGGUUUCAUCUUCAUUGGCUUGUUGUUGCUCUCACUUGCACUUCUCUUCUCUCUCGUCUUGUGGUUGAUUUUUGUUAGAGAGAGACACCGGCAAAUAUCUUCAGACAUUUUCAGAUGAAAACUUUGUAUCAAGGGAACAUAAAAUUUGAAUAUAUGUGUACACGUUUACACAGGGGCGGAUCCACGUCUUUGU